AUGAACUUUAUUGACAGUUUCACACUAUUAUUUUUGACGCUGUCAGUUAUCAAGAGUGCGCAUAUACCGAGGGAAGGAGAGAGAGGUCCGCAUGACGUGAUCCCUCUGAUGGAGGUGUACAACAAGAGUCUGUGUAAGCCUCGAGAGCUUCUGGUGGAGAUCAUACAGGAGUAUCCUCAGGACGUGGAGCAUAUCUUCAUUCCGUCUUGUGUGGUGCUGACGCGCUGCGCUGGAUGUUGCACUGAUGAGAUGUUGCAGUGUAUGCCAACGUCCAGUUACAAUGUAACUAUGGAGAUAAAAAGAAUAAAGCCGCAGAAACAACAGAAUGAUAUCUUCUUGAGCUUUACAGAACACAGCUCGUGUGAGUGUAGGUUAAAGAAAGAGGUGAAAGAGCAGAGAGAAAAAAAACCCCGGCAAGGCAAGGGCAAAGGCCUAAAGAGAAAGCGAAAGAAAAACAGAGACAAAACAAAACAUGAUGCUGUCUGUCAGCCUUGCUGCGAGAACUGUUCGGAAAGAAGAAGGAGGUUAUUCGUGCAGGACCCAGCCACAUGCCGCUGCUCCUGCAAACACUCAGACGCCCACUGCAAAGAGCGGCAGUUAGAGCUCAAUGAGCGAACGUGCAAAUGUGACAAGCCGAGAUGA